AUGUCAUAUCCACAAUUUGGAUAUCCCUAUUCGUCUGCUCCACAAUUUCUGAUGACAACCAACUCUCUGACCACUUGCUGCGAGUCCACCGGCAGAUCCAUAGCCGACUCGGGAGUAGCGGCGUCCGGCCAGACCCCGGUCUACUGCCCCGUGUACGAGAGCCGGCUGCUGGCCACGGCGAGGCAUGAGCUCAGCUCCGCCGCCGCGCUGGGCGUGUACGGGAGCCCGUACACCGGCGGUCAAAGCUAUGGGAAUUACGUUACAUACGGCACGGACGCCUCGGCUUUCUACUCGCUGGGAGCAUUCGACACCAAAGAUGCCACCGCGUCUGCGCAUGCGGGGAUAACCCAGGCGGCAGCUUACUACCCUUAUGAUCCUACCCUGGGACAGUAUCAGUAUGACAGAUAUGGUUCCAUGGACGGAGGAACGAGGAGGAAAAACGCCACGCGCGAGACCACCAGCACGCUGAAGGCCUGGCUGCAGGAGCACAGGAAGAACCCGUACCCGACUAAAGGCGAGAAGAUCAUGCUGGCCAUCAUCACCAAGAUGACGCUGACGCAGGUGUCCACCUGGUUCGCCAACGCCAGGAGGAGGCUCAAGAAGGAGAACAAGAUGACGUGGCCGCCCAGGAACAAGGGCUCGGAGGAGAAGAGAUAUGACGAGGAUGAGGACGGCUCUCAGGAGGAGCAGAUAAAAAGUGAAAACAAUGAGGAUGAGACCAGGAGCCGGGCUGAUAAGGACCUGCAGCUGAGCGACCUGGACGACUUCGAAACGCUGGAGUCUGAGAGCUCCGAGUGCGAGCUGAAGCACCGAUACCUCAUGAACACGCACAUGACCACGACGACCGACUGCCCCGAAGAGCACCUCCUCAAGGACACGUCUCUGAAACUCUCCAUCCCCGUUUCUCUCGGGGGGGAGCAGGACUUGAGCAAAAGCUGUCUCAAGACGAGCCCGGAGGAUUUCCAGGCGGACAGCAGGCAGCAGGCCAAGGCGUGUUACAACCAGCAGCAGCAGCAGAUACUGGACGGCAAACCCCGGAUCUGGUCUCUGGCCCAGACCGCCACGUCCCUGAACCAGACUGAGUACCCGUCCUGCAUGCUGAGGUGCCAGCCGCCGCCCUCCUCCCUCACCCCGUCCCCCGCCGCUACCUCGCCCGUGGCCGGCCUGGACAACAGGCAGGACUCGCCGGUCACGACCCUGCGGAACUGGGUGGACGGGGUCUUCCACGACCCCUUGUUCAGGCACAGCACUUUGAACCAGGCCCUGACCAACACCACCGUCUCUUGGACCGCGAACCCCAAAGGCGCCAUGCUGGAGGCCGAGAGGAGCGCGGCGGUGCAGCAGCAUCAGCAGCAUCAGCAGCAGCAGCAGCACCAGGACUCCUCCAAAGACAGCAGUGCCAUGAGUUUCCCCAAAACCAUCAACAAACUUUUUUGCUCCUAA